CUGACUGCCUCAGUGACUCCUCCCCUGCACCGCACAGGUGUGCAGGAAAAGAAGAGGGUGUGGUGAACACCAGCAGCUCCAGACCUUGCCUGUGCUGGGCUAUGUCUCCUUCCUACUCCUUGUCUAGGGAGCAAGGUCAGAAAGAGCAGCCACUGACCAGAGCGAGCCUCUAUAGGCAGUGCAAUGAAUACUGUCUUGGGGACAGAGCUGGGCCAUUCAGGUGAGGAAACUCCAGCCCCCAGAGUGCGGGUGACACUUGCUCUCAAGGUCCCCCAACCAGAAAGAGCUGGGCAUCUGACCCCGGGGCCUGGGCCUGGGCCUGAGAACCCCCCAACCACCUUGCAACACCUGCCGCAGCCUCCUUGGAGUCUGCACAACCCUGGGAGCCCAUCCAGGAGAGCACAUCAAGGAGAACACCGCCCCCUGGCGGUAAAAGUACAGAAAGGCGACCUGGGGCGAGGCAACGGACUCCGACGCCUGGACAGAACGUGUUACCAGCCCUGCCCACCAGACCCAUGCCCUCCCCUCUUCCUAAUGUCUCCUCUUCCAGCUCCUGUUCUUCUCUCUUUGGUCUUUGCCUGUUGUCUGCCCAAACCAGAUGUGACCUUGCACUGUCCUAAGUCAUGUUCUUCAUUAUCUGACCUUGAGGGAAGGAGACUGGGCCAACAAGAGCAAUUUCCAGAUAGCUUUUCCUUUCUCUAUUACCCUCAAUGGAUAUAUUGCAGAGAAAUGAUGUAUGAAACAAAAGAGGUAAUCUGGCUGAAAUCUGUCCCUCACUCCCUACCCCAAACCUCCCCUCAAAGACUCUCUAAUCCAGGUGUCUGCAGAACACAGAGACCCAGUCUGGGAGUUGACAACCCUAAACGAUGGGAAAACGUUGCUGGAAAGGGAAACCCAUGGACCUUCAGAGAAAGCAAAGCAUCCAAGGGUGCCUGGACCCAGGUGAGACCUGGCAUCAGAAUGGUAGGCAGCUCUCCACAUGGGGCUGCAGUGGGGAACUGGGGAAGUCCGCUUUUGACUAGGAAGUCAGGCCAGCAUGCAGGUGCAGCUACGGUGGCUCUGGGCCUGAACAGCAACUCUCUACGUGCCCCCUCCAUGUGAAGUUGCGCCCUGCCCCUCGCUACCCUGUGUGAAGUCACCAUUAGCUGGCUCUCUAAGGAACCCCCUGAGUUAAAGAUGGCAGGAGCAUGGGCCAUGCCAACCCAGGAGAACUA